AGAUUUGUUUUAAUCUGGUCAUUUAACUUUUUGUCAUCGAUCAGUAUAGCUAAUUUUUUCUUGUGUUUAUAAUCUUUUAAACAAUGUAUAGCUUUUCAACUCUGAAUCGUGAAAAUGAAAACAUUGCCAAGCUAAUAUCUGGCAUCAAAUUACCUGAUCUUGGUUUGGUUAAAAAGCAGUGUAUUGCUUUCGGCGAAUUCAUUCCGUAUCCAGUUGAUUCGAUUAACCAGAUUCCUGGUUAUGAAACCGAUUACCUUCAUAAAAUUCAAGAAAAAAAUUUUUCAACUCCAACUCCUGUUCAAGCUCAUCUCUGGCCAAUAAUAUUUCGAGGAAGAUCAGCUACAUGUAUAUCAGCUCCUAAGAGCGGUAAGACUCUUGCGUAUUUGAUUCCUGCUUUGAGCUCUACUCAAUUCGCAAACAAGGACCCUGCCGCAAUAAUUUAUGGCGAUGAAGGACCGAAAGUGGUUAUUGUUUGUUAUGGAAUGAGUAAAGCGUAUGAAAUUCGAGAUUACUGUCUUGAUUUACUGGAUGGCGCAAAGGAACCUCGUGUUCUUACCAUCACCAUAGACAAUGAGAAAAAAGUACCACUUAAACUCCUGAACGGCUGUGAAAUUUUGAUUUCGACUCCAGGACCUCUUAAAAGACUAAUCGCAGAUGGGUACAUUCGUUUCGAUAUCUGUUCGCUGCUAGUCUUCGAUAAUGCUGAUAAAAUAUUCACUAUUCAACCUGAGUUUGUUCAAUCGAUUGUUUUAUCAUAUUUUACUUCAUAUAGGAAAAGAUUGCGUGUAAAUGACGACAAUCUUAAUAGCUUACUAACUGCACCGAUGCUGGUUUUGGCUGAUUCAUGGACGAAAGAAGUUGCAAAUUUUUCCAAGGAAUAUAUGAAAAACUCUAUAAAUAUUUUCGGUGAUUUAUUUGAAGCUGCUAUCGCUCAUGAUUUAAAUUAUAAAGUCCAUUUUGUUGAAGCCGAAGAAGAACGUAUUAGCUAUUUAGGUGAUUUGAUUCAUGGUCUUCUUUGCAGAGGUACAUUAAAUCGCAUCGCAAUAGUAUGCUCUAAUGAUGCUGAAAUUGAUAUUGUGAUUAAAGCAAUGACUGAUUUGGAUGUUGAGCCAGUUGCCCUCGAUUCGUCAAACUUCAACUAUGAGAUUGCUAAAUUGAUCGAUUUAUGCAAAAAUCAUCCCAGAGCAAUCACUAUCAUAACCGAUGAUAAAAUUAAAGAGGUCCCUCAACUCAAUUUUAUCGACACUCUCGUGCAUUACAGUAUGCCUGUUCAUAGUGAUAUAUUCAGGAUAAGAUUUCUUUUAAUGUCUAAUUUAAUUAAGAAUGGUGAACAGAUAAAUACUCACUUUCUUUUAUCCCCUGUUAAUGGUAAUCAUGCUCACUUUUUGUGUCAAACUCUUCGACGAAUCAGUGAAAUUCCCUCCUGCUUGAAUAAUUUGAGAAACUUGUCAUACCGGCCUUUAUGUGAAAAUUUUCUCGCCUUUGGAUUCUGUCCUUUUGAAUCUACAAUAUGUAUUAAUCGCCACGAAUUCAAGCCUUGUGAAUCACCUAAUGAAGAUCUUCCUAUGGAUGGCCAGGUGAAAUUCGAGAUAUGCCAUAUCAUUACUAUCAACCAGUUCUACAUUCGUAUUGUUGAAUAUCGUGAUAGCCGUAAUGAAGAUGGACACUGGGUAAAAUAUCCUUGUCUUUAUCGCUCGAUAAAGAAUGAACUACAAGCUUAUAAACAAGGACCAUUCACUGAUGAUAAAAUACCUACGAUUGGCAAGAUAUAUGGACUUGCAGUUCUUGGUACUGUGCAUAGAGUGCGAAUCAUAGAGAACCUUGGCCAAUUGACUGUAAAGGAAACCAACGCACCACUCAAUGAAGAUACGCCUUAUCAACUACAAGUGUCUUUUGUUGACUUUGGACAUCAAAGCAAAGCGUUAUCCAAUCAAUUAAUUGAAUUGCCUGAAAAUUUGAGAGACUAUCCAUCAUUGGCUUUUAAAGCAUAUCUUCUAGGAAUAAAACCAGUUGAUGGUGACAUGGAGUGGACUCACAAUCCAACUGAAACGCUUUCUAGAUUCAUGAGUGACGGUAAAGUGUUAAAGGCAUCUGCUUGGAUACGCUUGCAAAGAAAAAGCAUUUUUUGGAUUGAUAAUAUGCAAAUCACCCAAAACUUGAAGGUUCUUGAUGUCAUUGUUACCAGUUGGAAUCCAAAAUCUGAUUUAAUUGAUACUGGUUUAGCCGUGAAAAAUGACAAAAUGUUUGACCAGGUCAACGUAAAUCUAAUUGAAUUAUCUAUUAAAUGGCGAAAUUGUAGUUUGGUUAAAUCAGCAUCACAAGCCUUCCUUCCCGAUGAUCUCGAGUUUGUUUAUCUUUCUCAUUUCCAAAAUCUUGACACUUUUUAUAUUCUAAGACAAACUUAUUACAAAUGUUUAGAAAAUUUGGAGAAAGAAUUAGCUAAAUCUCAACUAGCUCCCAUGAAAUCUUUCAGCAAUGGCUGUUUGGGUAUAGGUAUGCUCAAAACAGAUACAUUUACAUCUUACAGCCGUAUAUUAAUCAAACAACAUUUUCCUGAAGAAAAUUUAGUUCAAGUUUUCUUUGUUGACUGGGGUGAAACGAGCAAGAUUCCUUCUGAUUGUUGUUUUACCAUAGAAGAAAAGUAUAUAAAAAGAUUGCCAUUCCAGGCAAUAAAGUGUUCGCUUUUUGGAGUUGAAGGGUCGCCUGAACCUGAUGCCAUUUAUGACUUGACCAGAACCGAAGAUGACAUAUUCAAGGAUUGCUGGAUUAAAAAAGUUAGUGGAUCUAAAGAAAAUGGCUAUUCUAUUAGACUUUGGUUUCAUCUGGAAAAGUCGGCUUGUGAAACUAAAUUUCAUCUUCUAUCAAAUUGGCUAGUUGAAAAUGGACAUGCUAAGUACUCGGAUCCCAGUGAAAAGGAACAGGACAAAAUUUUGACAACGGUUAAUCAAAAGGCCAAUGAAGACGAAAGUGACGCUUCUUUUGAAGAGGAAUGGAAGAAUGGAGAAAAGGAAUGUCUUCAAAAUUUACUAGGCGCUAUCGAUAAUGGAAUGAGAAGCUAUUUGGGCGAGCAUGCUGAGAAGGAUCCUGUUCAAUUUGAUCCUAAGAAACUACCACGAGCUAAGAGAUUGAUAAUGCGAUUGAAAAAACAGAAAGAAGCAGAGCGACGUGCACAAGAAUCGAGCAGUGACUCAGAAGACGAUAACGCCAAAGCACCAAAAGAAUUCACACCAUUACCUAAACGUGUAAUUGAUUUCAGCAAAGUUUUACCAUACGACCCAACUACAUCAGAAGAAUCUGAAUUAGACUCAGAUCUUGAGGAUGCAUAUGGUAUUGAAGAGUUAAAUUGAACAAAUAAUAUUUUUAUGCCAAAUUUUAUACUAAUGUACUGAUUGGUACAGAAUUUAAAUUUUUAAUAAAAUGAGUUUGUAUUUAACUCAAAACGAUUUAACCAAAAA